AUGUCUUCGGAUGCUCUUGGGGUACAAAGCACAAGGGCAGCGUCAGCACCUGCUCUGGCUGCCUCUGUACCCGAGGAAGAGGCUGAAGAGGAGGAAGGUGCCAAAGAACCUGGCCCUGCUGUCAGCCCACGGCCAGAGCAAACAACACCAAGCUCCACCUCUUCUGUCCUGGCACCUGCACGAGCUGCAGCUGAAGGCUCGGGAGAAGGCUCCAGUGCCCAGGCUGGAAGCUCAAGCACGAGCAGCUCGUGCACCUGGAGCACGACCAGCUUGUCUGGCAGCAGAGAGCAGCAGCGAGAGAGGACAGAGGACAAGUGCCUGGCCAUGCUGAAGAUGCUGGUGAGCGAGGGAGAUCCUGAGGCUAAAUACACAGAACUGGAAACUAUUGGCAAAGGGGGUUUCGGCACUGUGUGCAUGGCAGUGGAGACUGCCACAGGAGAAGAGGUGGCCAUAAAGAAAAUUAGUCUCCUGCAAGAGAGCAGCAGCGAGCUGUGCCUGAAUGAAAUCCAGGUCAUGCGUGGCAGUAAGAAUACCAACCUUGUGAACUAUGUAGACAGCUACCUGGUGGAUGAGGAACUCUGGCUGGUGAUGGAAUACAUGGACGGAGGUUCUUUACACGAUGUCAUCAGGGAGACUCACAUGGCAGAAGGAGAGAUAGCAGCUGUCUCUCGGGAGUGCCUGCAUGGCCUGGAUUUCCUUCACUCCAAGCAAGUGAUCCACCGAGAUAUCAAAAGCCACAACAUUCUCCUGGGCUUGGAUGGAUCAGUCAAGUUGGCUGAUCUUGGCCUUGCUGCUCAGCUCACCACCGAGCAGAACAAACGGAGAUCAGCUGCUGGGACUACUUACUGGAUGGCGCCAGAAAUUUUCACCAGGAAGCCCUACGGCCCCAAAGUGGACAUCUGGUCCUUUGGCAUCGUGGGGAUCGAGAUGGUGGAAGGAGCACCUCUGUACCUGAUGAAAACCUCCCGCACGGUACGCUGCAGCUGCUCGCAGACACUGCUGUCACCCUAA